AUGCUCAAAUUUGACUUCGCACUGCACAAGAAGGGUAAUCUUCAUAGUGAAAAGAAGAUCAGACUUUUUCAGCCAUCGACUAAUUGGAGAAGCAAUCGACACAGAAGAUGCCUUAUAAGCAAUCUUCAAGAAGACAAGAGAAAAAGAAGGAAUUUAUCAAAUGGGAUCUCAAAAUCGAUGACAGAUUCAAUAAAAUCGGUCAGAUUUCAAGACCAAAAUUCGCAAAGUGACCUCAACGAAAUUGUUGAUGGCACUCUUAAGAAAUUGUCUGAAGAUUAUGACUCAUCACCAAAGAAGCCUCUUGACAGGAAGAUGGAUUUCUUUUACUCCUCAUUUGAUGGCAGAUCACAUCGGAGCUCAAACUCUUCCAAUUCAACUCUUCAUAUAACCUCACUUGAUGGCGACGAGGGAGAUUGCUUUGGCUCUGCAAAUGAGGGAAGAAAUUGGUCCCUCAUUGCUAAGAAGAUCCUUGGCUCUGAAAAUCAGGAGUACAACCAGUUCUUAAAGUCGGUCAACAAGAAAAUGUUCCGUGAGCUCUUGCACAAAGAGCAAACCCAUGGGCAUAUCAAGGGGGUGAAAAAUCUACAAGAAUUGAUGAACCCUAAGAAUCCGGUGAGUCAAUUACUGACUAAAUUGAUCUUGAAAAAUAAGAAACUGACCCAAUUAAGAAGAAGAGAUAGGGAAGAGUCUACAGUGCAUAUGCCAGAUAUUAGGAGGUCCUCUCCUGCAUGUCCGAAUAAAGAGUCUAUGGAUGAAUAUGGAUGCUCAAUUUCUCAUAUCAAAGACUUCCUACAACUUAAGAAAGCCAAGAAGAGGGGCAUUUCCAAGCGCAGAAGCAGGAAAUAUGUCGUGAGGGGCAGGUCUCAGAAUAAGAUCGUGUAUGAGAUCAAGGGAGGAUCUGUACAUAGAAAAGUGCUCCAGAAGUAAGGGAUUAGGUUAGUCUAAUCAGAUUGGCUCUCUCUCCUUGCAUAUUUGUAACAUAUAAGGUCGUAUUAAUUCAUUUUGU